AUGCAGGAUUUGCCGAGAAGGUCCCUUCGCAAAGCGCGAUCAGGUCUUCUGGCCCUUCGUUCUGGAAUGCAAAGACGACCGCUUCCAGGCAGCCACGCUCGAAGAAGUGAUAUACCUAGUAUUUGGUCCUCGAGAGACUCUACAGAGGACUCAUCUGAUCAUUUUCCGUCGUCAGUGUCGGACGCUAGCACAGAAGACGAUCACGAGUUCGGCACCGGUCUCUAUCGAACAACUCGAAACCAUUCCUCAAGUGAAGCUCUGAAAGAUCACAGCCAUAACAUUGUACCUUCCACAUCGCCGUUGCCUUGUACCGUCGGCCGGGGCUUAGAGAGCACUGGAUUGAGGAGCUCCCUAGCCGCACAGGAAAAGAGAGGGGUCAAUGGUACGUCAGAAGGAGGGGUGGAUGGUGCGUCAAAGACAGCAACGACGGUGGGGUCCCCUCGAGAGCACAUCACCGAGUACCACGGUCACACCCCGGGCGGAUCAAGUACAAUCGUCCAGACCUCGACUCAUGCCAUUUCCAAUUCGCCAUCUGUCAGCCUCAUUGAGCUUACCGGAAUAGAAGCGACGACGGUACACACAACAUCAUCAGAAACAUCGAAGGCAGCAUCCCGGAAGAUUCCCAUGAAUUCGCAGCCGAGUGAGAACUGUAUGAAAGAUUUAUGCUCACAGGUCCAUCAUUCAAGCCCUAUUCCACCCCAUUCGCCAGUUAUCAACCUUGAGAAGCCGACCGCGACUGAGGGUCCUGAAGAGUUGCUCAAUCCAAAUGUGCGGGAACCCAAUGAGUCAACACGAGGCCACGAGAUCGCUCUACCACCCAUCGCUUCUGGUUCAACUGACUCAAUCGCUUGUGUAUAUGUCUCUAGCCGUUCCCCGUCCGGGUCAUCCUCGGUCAGUUCUCGUGAAUCAACGUUUCGGCAGAUACCAGCCGUCCAAUUGAUGAUGGGAACGCUUGAAUUGUUUGCGUCGUCAAGAGAAUGCAGCAGCGGCGGUCAAACGUUAUGUUGCAGCGACGUUGCAGAAAACGAUCUCAUGUCACGGGCAAUUCACCAUGCUCCAGCCGACCAUUCCGAGGAUGGAAAUGUACCAACAGAGACAGAGUCUCAGCAGUCUAGACACUCGAACGCAGGAGAGACGCAGGUAACUCAUGCUGGUGCAUCCAUCACGGAACCAUCAGAAGCGAGAUCGAGCGCGCAGGAAGAAGGAACUGCGAGCUGCCUGCUGCCCGCUUUGGACGACACUGAUUUCCUUGGAAUCCAAAACAGUUCUGACCCGUGCGCGGCUCGAAGACCACCCUCUCCAAGCCAGGCUGAAGAUGACACGUCUGAUUCAGAUUUCGUCCGGUCACCAAUUGAGAUCGAUGACGCACUCGCCUCCCUGAUUUUCAGAGACGAGUUCUUCUUUGUCGACGGUAAAUCGAGUGAUAUUCCCCCCGAUCGAGGAGACAAUCCUAUAAAAACAGGAAGCCGAAUUGCGAGAGACGGUAGAAUUUACAGUGGUCCGGGACUCGACCGUAACAUGUCAGUCAGAACGCAGGAGAUCCCGGAGAUUGUCGGACCAGGUAUGUACGCUUCGCGUCGGGGUAACCUGCCGAGUCUCGAACGAGACGCAAGCGAUUCCACUGAUGAGUGUGUUGUUACUUACCCCAUGUGGGAGCGACGUCAAUUCCCAUAA